UUUCAGACCUAAAUCAUAAGUCCCAUGUUUCUUUCGAUUGCCACUCUGUUUGCAACAGCAUUAUGCGUAACAGGAUUAGAACGGGGACGUCCAGUAUGCUCCAUAGACUUCGAAGAGGACGAGAGUAUGGCCGAUUUUCGCAAGUUCGCCAAUGCUCCAGCUAAGAUUGAAGCUUUUCUUGGAAAGACGUUGGCUGAUGACGACCGCACAAGAAGAUACGAGGUUUACCACAGUAACCCAUCGUGGGUAGCUAUGCUCGUUAAUGUCGUCGAGAAAAAAGCAGGGGAACGCCACUUCAUCAGAUUAAGCAGAAAAGGUCACCGUUGGAUACCGAUUACAAUCAAGGAAAAGGGAUUUGAGAAAUGGAAAACUGUUUGCACUUUGUGACUUUUGCAGUACAUGACUUCAUAUCUAAGAACUCUACUAUAAUUAGAGUGAUAAUGAAGG